UUUGAGCUGCUAUAUGGCUGGGAUGUACAGGGGCCAUUGGAUCUGCUCCAAAAGGGCUCCAAGUGACACCACUCCAAGUGACAGAGGCGUAGUACAGUUUGUGUUGGAGAUGAGGGAUCGGCUGGCAAGAUACCAGGACGAGGCAGAGGUCAACCUGCGUGAGGCCCAGAAAAGCCAGAAGACCUGGUAUGACAAACAGGCUCGGCACCGUGAGUUCCAGCCUGGCCAAAAAGUCUUGCUACUUCUCCCUUCUUCCAACAGCAAGCUCUUGGCGAAAUGGCAAGGACCCUACAUCAUCACCCGCAAGAUGGGCCCAGUCACUUACGAGGUCCAUCAACCUGAAAAGAAGAAACCAGUACAGACCUACCAUGUGAACCUACUAAAAGAGUGGAAGGAGCGUCCGAUCCAAGCACUGAUGGUGAGGGAGGUGGACAUGGAAGAGGAAGAGGAGACCGAACUGGAAACCCAAUCUAAGACUGCUACUCCUGUGCUGGCACAUCUUGCACCAGAGCAAGCUGCACAGCUCCUCCAGGUUUUUCAGGAGGCUCGUUCCCUCUUUGCUACCAGCCCAGGACAAACCACCCUUGUUGAGCAUGUGGUUCGUCUAAAGGAUGAACGACCAAUCCGCCAACGUCCCUACCGUAUCCCACAACAGCUGGUGGACAAGCUGCGGCAGGAGGUGGAGGAGAUGUUGAAGCUCGGAGUGAUUGAGCCUUCCAACUCAGAGUGGUGCAGUCCAGUGGUCAUCGUCUUCAAGAAAGAUGGUUCUCUCCGGAUAUGCAUUGACUUCAGGAAGCUUAAUGCCAUCUCAGAGUUUGAUGCCUACCCCAUGCCAAGAAUCGAUGACUUAUUGGAGAAGAUCGGAGCGGCCAAGUACAUCACCACCCUUGAUCUAUGUAAAGGCUACUGGCAGGUGCCACUGGAGAAGUCUUGCCGGCCAUACACGGCAUUUCGAACACCAGCUGGACUUUUCCAGUUUACUGUGAUGCCAUUUGGACUGCAUGGAGCGCUGUCUGCCGUACUGACCCAGAGGAUUGAUCCUAAGGGAGACCCCACCUUUACCAACGGACACGUGAGGAUAAUAAAGCGCCUUCAAAUUACCCUAUCCCUUUGUGCUUCCCCCAGCCCUGACGCGGUCCAGGAGGGAAGGAGGAAGGAGGAAGGAGGCCCUGAAGAAUACCCCGGUCUGGGAAGAAGUUAUUUUUGCCUGAAUGGCCCUUUAAUUUUCUCCAGUUUUUCCCUACCCUUGCCCUGAGCAAUAACCCGACGAAAAAAAACAAAACAAGAUAAAUAUUGCUGACUCCUGUGUCUGGUUUCCAGCUGGGCCUACCCACUGCCCUCAGGAUCCACCCCGAGACAACACAACAUGUACACACAUGCAAAUACACACACACAUCUACAUAUGCGCACACACACAUAUGCACAUACGCACACACGCACACACACAUGCACACACAUACACAUGCACACACACAUGCAAAUAUACACAUAUACACACAUGCAAACACGCACACGCACACACACACACACACACACACACACACGCACAUGCACAUAUGCACAAAUGCGUGUCAUGCAUAACAAUGUGAUCAAUAUGGGAGGACAGCCCCUGUGAGCCUAUUACAGCCAGACCUCCAUCGAAGGCAAAGACUUCACUCACAAAAGCUCCUCUGGAGCUUUGGAGUUCGAAGCAAAUGAUGGUGUCGAACAUGUGCUGAUCCCACCCCAAAGCCCUACACCCAGGACACGGGCUACAUCGUUUGCAAUGCUUUAGAACAUUUAUAUGUCAGAACCAGGGACCAACAUGGACAGUCAUAGAAUCAAAUCAACAAGUCAACAAAUCAACUAAUGAUAGUUGGGAUGUUUACAUAACUAAAGCUUAGGCCUAUGCUACUCAUGUGUCAGUAUCAGAGGAAAAGCACAACACAAUAAAUUCACUGUAUGUAUUGUUCACUGUGUUCUUAUGCCUGAUUCACUGGAUGCAUUUUUUACAAUAAAUUAAUGUAUGAAAAUCAGUUACUUUCUUUUCUGUUUUAGCCUUCAACUUGUCAUUAUUAUGUGCAUUAGUGUUCUGCAGUGGGUUGGUAGCAUUUUCUCCUGGAUCAGUUAAGUAUCAUUUGUUUGUUUGCUGUUUCUAUUUCAGUUUAGUUGUCAUUAUAGUGUUCUGCUGUGUAUUUGUUUGUUUGUUAGCUAAUACAAGUGGUGUUUAUUUAGAUUACAGUGAAACUGGGUUAGGUGUUUGUUUCUCUCAGGUGAGCUAGGCUAUUAAGUUAGGCUACUGUUUUUACUGGCUGGCAGGCCACAGCUUUUGUUGUAGGAGGAGCCAAUAGUUUGCACCCUGCUCAGGGUAUAAUUACUGGCACACCUGAACUCACUUCAGUGUGCAUUAGUGUUCUGCAGUGGGUUGGUAGCAUUUUCUGUAUUCAGCGUCAGUGUUAUUUAAGCAAUUGUGUCACGCACCAGCGGCAGCUGUGUGCGGCAGCCUUGGCUACUUGCCUCGGCGGAUGAAGUCGCGGGCGUACGAAGAAGUCGCGGGCGUACAAAGCCGCGGGCGUACAAAGUCUAUCUACGGGUGUCUAUCUACGGGUGUCCAUCCAGGCUGUCACAGAGCCUGAUGUUUGAUUUUGUUUUUGCUGCCUGCCCUCAUUCCACUGUGUAGUAUUCCCUCCAUGUGUUUCCUUCCCAUCCCUGUCCUCUCGCCUCUCCCCAGGUCCCAGUCAGGUAGGAGGUUCGCCUCCCGCCAACAUGGGCAGAAUAUCUCAAACCUCAUCUACCCUCCCAGAUCCGCUGGUAUUGAUCUCUGUGUGGCUGGUGGCCUCUGGAACUGCCAGUCCGCCGUCCAGAAAGCAGACUUCAUAUCUGCCUAUGCCUCCCACCUCAACCUUGACUUUCUUGCUUUAACUGAAACGUGGCUCUCACCAGAGAACACGGCCACCCCGGCUGCCCUUUCCUCUGCCUUCUCUUUCUCCCACACACCCAGAACCUCUGGCAGAGGAGGUGGCACAGGUCUCCUAAUCCCAUCCUCAUGGAGAUCUAAUGUCUUCUCCUCAUCCUUCGCCUUCUCCUCUUUUGAAUUUCUUGCGGUAUCUUACUUUGUCGUGCAAACUGUUUAUUAUUGUUGUUUAUCGACUUCAACCUCAAGUCCACCCAGUCUACCUUUCUCUCACUCCUUUCUUCUUUUGACCUUACCCUCACUCUUUCCCCUCCCACCCACAAAGCAGGCAACCUUCUUGACCUCAUCUUCACAAGGAGCUGCACAACAACCAACCUCUCUGUAACACCACUCCAUAUAUCUGACCACUCCUUCAUCUCUCUUUCUCUUCCACUCUCCUCUUACACCCAUCCAUCUCUCCCACCAUCCACUGUCACCUGUCGGCGGAACCUACGCCACCUGUCUUCCUCCACCCUCUCAUCUACAAUCCUCUCCUCCCUACCAUCCGCAGAGUCUUUCUCUCGACUGUCUCCCGAUGAUGCUGCUACAACUCUCAUGUCCUCCCUCUCAUCUUCCUUUGACUCUCUGUGUCCCCUCACCACCAAACUAGCUCGGGCCUCCCCCCCAGUCCUUGGCUUUCUGAUGCUCUACGAGCUGUCCGAACUGAACUGCGGGCAGUGGAGAGAAAAUGGAAAAAGGUCCUGUCUCCCCAGUGAUAUGGCUUCCUUCCAUGCCCUCUUAUCAUCUUUCCAUUCCUCUGUCUCUCUAGCUAAAUCUUCGUUCACUCGAAAAUUAACGCGGCCGCAUCUAAUCCCCGCAAACUGUUUUCAACCUUCUCCUCUCUUCUGGCCCCCUCUCCCCCCCCACCCCCCUCAUCACUCACACCUGAUGACUUUGUCUCCUUCUUUGAAAAGAAGGUUGAUGUCAUUCGCAAUUCCUUCUCACAACCCUCUCCCCCUGCUGACCCUCCUACCUCCCAACUCCCUAGCCUCCUUUUCUCCCCUCUCUGACGCCGACACAUUGAAACUCCUUACAUCCCACCGCCCGACCACCUGUCUUGACCCCAUCCCCUCUCCCCUCCUACAAUCUAUAUCCGAUGACAUUCUCCCUUUUCUCUCCUCUCUAAUCAACACCUCCCUCUCUUCCGGCUUCCCUGAAGAGGGCCAGAGUCACUCCCCUCCUCAAAAAACCUACUCUUGACCCCUCCGCCCUGAACAACUACCGGCCUGUCUCUCUUCUUCCCUUUCUCGCUAAAACUCUGGAACGGGCGGUCUGCUGCCAACUGUCCACUUAUCUUCUCCAGAACAAUCUCCAUGACCCCAACCAGUCUGGCUUCAAGAGUGGCCACUCCAUUGAGACCGCCCUGCUCGCGGUCACUGAGGCACUCCAUGCCAAAUCCCUCUCCUCUGUCCUCAUCUUCCUCGACCUGUCGGCCGCCUUCGAUACAGUCAACCAUAAGAUUCUGCUCUCAUCGCUGUCUGGGAUGGGUGUCACAGGGUCUGCACUCGCUUGGUUUUCCUCCUACCUCUCUGGUCACUCCUACCAGGUGACUUGGAGGGGCUCAGUCUCCGACCCUCACCCCCUACAAACUGGAGUCCCGCAGGGCUCGGUUCUUGGGCCUCUCCUCUUCUCCCUAUAAACCAUGUCUCUUGGUUCUGUUAUCUCUUCCCAUGGCUUUUCUUAUCAUUCUUACGCUGAUGACACCCAACUCUUUAUUUCCUUCCCCCCCGACACCCAAGUCACCACACAGAUCUCUGCCUGCUUGGCUGAUAUCUCUGCGUGGAUGACUUCCCACCACCUGAAGCUCAACCUUGCCAAAACUGAGCUUCUCUACAUCCCUGCUAAGUCCUCUCCGUCAAUCGACCUCUCACUGACUGUUGAGGACUUUGUAGUUUCCUCCUCCCGUAUGGCAAAGAAUCUUGGGGUGACUCUUGAUAACUGUCUCACCCUGGCUCCACAAGUAUCCUCCACUGCCAGAACCUGCAGGUUCUUUCUGUAUAAUAUACGCCGUAUCCGUCAUCUCCUGACGGAGAAAGCCACCCAGCUCCUAGUCCAGGCGCUCGUCAUUUCCCGCCUGGAUUACUGCAACUCCCUCCUAGCCGGUCUCCCAACGUGUGCCAUCGAGCCCCUCCAGCUGGUCCAGAAUGCUGCAGCCCGCCUGAUCACCAGUCAGCCCAGGUUGGCUCAUGUCACCUCGCUUCUCAUUGACCUCCACUGGCUUCCUAUUGCCGCACGCAUCCGUUUCAAGGCCCUAGUGUUGGCAUUUCAGGCUGCUAAGGGGACUGCCCCACCUUACAUACAAUCCUUGAUCACUCCCUACUCCCCAGCUAGACCACUCUGGUCUGCUAGCUCUGGUCACCUUAUGGUUCCCUCUCUACGUGCACCUGGCGGUCGAGCUGCACGUUCACGCCUGUUUUCCGUUCUGGUUCCUCAGUUGUGGAAUGACUUGCCUACCACUGUCAGGACAGCAGAAUCCCUCCCCCUAUUUCGACGCAGACUCAAAACCCACCUUUUCAAACUCUACCUUAGUCCUCCCUCCUGAUUUCCCCCACCCCUCCUUUCUGUUAUCCCUAUCCUUGUCUAACCCCCCCCCCCAAAAAAAACAAAAAAAAACAAAAAAACAUUGCACUUAUGAUGACGACUAUGUUUAGAACAGCAUUCCAUGUGUAUUUCCAUAGUUCUGGAUGUGAUGCUUUGACUUAUGGUAGAACCUAUGCACUUGUAAAUCGCUUUGGAUUAAAAGCGUCUGCCAAAUGACAAAAAUGUAAAUGUAAAUGUAUUAUUAUAGAAAAAUAACAGUAUAUUUUUAUUUAUUGCAGGUACUUAUUCUUAUUAUGGACGUAACUCCUCCUCCAGUUGAUAGAACUAAACGGACCUUGGUCGCUUCCUCUUUGUUAAGGGAUACAAUUUAUAAUUUCUAAAUCAUAAGGUUUUUAAAAACAGCCCUCUGACUUAACAUUGGUGGAACGCUGAGUUUACAGCAGAAAACCAGUCCAACAAUUGAACAAACAAAUCAAAUUCACGGUAACUGCAGGAGAAUUAGCAGCUUCCUAGGCUAAUUUGAAUACAAUACAAGUGAAGUACAUUUACGGACGUAUGACGAAUGUUAAUCAAUGAUUACAAGAUUGAGCAGUUCUCACAUUAACGUCAUUAACGUUCUCACAGUGAUUGCGAUGGGCAACUGCCACUGAAAACAGGGUAGCAUUUGAGCGAUUAUUUUUCCAAAAAGCCGUCCAGUUUACAUUGUUUUGCUGCCUUUUCCUCCUGGUCCUUUUUAUCCUUUCUUUUCUGCGACCCACUUUUGUGCUCCAAGGGCAUUUUCACACUAGGCAACUAAAUGGCGCUCAAUACUUUACACAUUACAGUAGUUAAUAUCAACACAGGAUCAAGACAGUUCACAUUGGAAAACAACAAACAUAUUUCCCAGCAGCACUCUUGGCAUGUCUGAAAAUAACACCAACACCAAAUGAAUUAGCCUGCCUCCCGCUAUUUCAUUGAAUAGUUGAUACAUAGCCCUUUUUCUGUAAAUUAGACGCACGGUAUGAAUUUUGCACGAUCACAUAUUGUAGAUGGAAAGCGUAAUACCCAUGACUGAGACGAGUUUGCUGAUUAAAAACAAAUCGAGUACGUCCGAUUUUUAAAGACAUCUUACCCACUCACCGGAAAAUAAUACAACACUGUUUGAUUUAAGACUGGUGUGUGGUUAUAUAUCCUUAAAUAAGCAAACUCGUCUCAGUCAUGGGUAUUACGUGUUCCACUCCGUCCUGGAUCUGUGACAGGACUGCUCCCAGGCCCACUUCCGAUGCGUCUGUCUGCAGCACAAACGGUUUCUGAAAGUCGGGAGAGAUUAGUAUGGGUUCCUCCCCCAGGGCAGCCCGUAAGUCCUGGAAGGCUGCAGUGGCGAGGGGGUUCCACUGGACCCGGUUGGGCUGCUCCUUUUUGGUGAGGUCAUGUAGCGGGGCUGCUCGUGCUGCAAACUCUGGAAUAAACUGCCGGUAGUACCCCACCAGACCCAGGAACAUUCUCACCUGUUUCUUUGUGGCCGGUUGGGCCAGGUGACAAUGCUGUCGACCUUGUUCGACUGGGGCUUCACCCGUCCCUUCCCGACAGUGUGGCCAAGAUAGGCUGCUUCCUCCAAUCCGAGCCGGCACUUCGCAGGGUUAGCCGUCAGCCCGGCCUCCCUCAGGGACAUCGGCACAGCUUCGACUUUGUCGACAUGACUGUCCCAGUCGGUGCUGUGGAUGACGAUGUCAUCCAGGUAGGCUGCCGCAUACAUCUGGUCCAUCAACCUCUGGAACGUGGCUGGGGCUCCAUGCAUGCCAAAGGGGAGUACUGUGUACUGGUAGAGACCCGUGGGGGUCGCAAAGGCCGUCUUCUCCCUGGCACGGGGGUGUGAGGGGAACUUGCCAAUAUCCCCGCGUCUGGUCCAGGGUGCUGAUGAAUCGGGCCGGUCCCAGCCGCUCAAUGAGCUCGUCCACUCUCGGCAUGGAGUACAUGUCACACAGGGAGAUAUCGUUCAGCCGGCGGAAGUCAUUACAGAACCGGCAGCUCCCAUCCGGCUUGGGGACCAGCACCACGGGACUGGACCAGGCACUGCGGCUUUCCUCAAUGACCCCGAGGUCGAGCAUUUUCUUCACCUCCUCCUGCAUGGCGUGUCGGCGAGCUUCUGGGAUUCGGUAGGGUCGUAACUUCACCGUCUUCCCAGGUUCAGUGCUGAUGUCGUGGGCGAUUCGGUGGGUGCGGCCGGGCAUUGUCCCGGUUCCGGUCCACCAGCUCACGUAGCGCUUGCUGGCGGGAGCUCAGCUGCUCUCCAAUACUCACGUCAGGGGUGGGUGGGGGCACCCACUGGGCAGAGAGGGCUGGGGUCGGAGCUGGGGGUGGCUCAUGCCACCUCUUCAUCAGGUUGACGUGGUAGAUCUGGAGGCGGUGUCGUCGUCCCGGCUGUCUCACCCGGUAGUUCACAGGUCCUGUGCGUUCCACGACCUCAUACGGCCCAUGCCAUCGGGCCAGAAAUUUACAUUCACUGGUGGGGACUAGGAUCAUCACCUUGUCUCCUGGGGCGAAUUCUCUCACCUGUGCUCCCCGGUUAUACAGCCUGGCUUGCUCAUCAAUUUUGCUUUGAUAUGAGUGGAGGGGUGUUGAUCACUGGCUGAUCUUCAGCAUGUACACAGUGUGCUACAGCUUGGUGACUGGCUGUGUCUUUCUUGUCACUCGGCUGAAAUUGCACCAGCAUAUGAAACCAAGACUUUCCCGGCAUCAGUGAACACAACAGAGUGAUUGGAGUUAAGGUAGGCGCUGUCUAUGACAUGGCUGCCUUCCUCGUAAUACACAACGACAUACAUCGGCUCACUGGCAGAACAUGAGAUGUAACUCUUGGCAGGGAUUUUCACAGAUUUGGCUUUUGCCUUCUGAGUGGCGUCUUUGUCAUCGAUCGGGUUCUUGCUGUAGUAGGCAAUCAGGGGUUUUGCUGUCACAUUGGAAAUAUGAAUGUUCCCCAUCUCUGAAAAAGAAAGACAGCGAGAGACAUAUAUAUAUUGUAAAAACAUAAUACAACCAAACGGAAAGGGAAUGGGCCUGGGUUUGUGCAUCUGUUGCUUGUGUGUGCAUUUGUACGUGUGUGUGUGUGUGUGUGUGUGUGUGUAUAUGGGUGUGUGUGUGUGUGUGUGUGUGUGCAUGCAUAUGUGCAUGUGUGUGAGAAUGUGUGUGUGUCUGUGUGUGAGUUUGUGUGUGUAUGUGUGCGAGUGUGUGUUUGUGUGAGUGUGAGUGUGUGUGUGAGUGUGUGUGUGUGUGUGUGUUUGUGUGUGUGUCAGAGUGUGUGAGAGUGUGUGAGUGUGUGUGAGUGUGUGUGUGAGUGUGUGUGAGUGUGUGUGUGAGUGAGUGUGUGUGUGUCUGUGUGUGAGUGUGUGUGUGUGUGUGUAUGUGUGUGUGUGUGUUUGUGUGUGUGUG